UAUAAAUACUCUGCGCAUGCGCAGCUUACUUGACAACGGUUGCUCACAAAGCUCAGAGUGACAUCGAAUGUACGUGGGAAGGAGAUAACAAAAGGGUAUAAUGGGUCAAGCCCUAAUUAGUGCUGCCCAGUGGACCUCUGCUAAAGAUGGGUCCAAAGGAAAGCUUGAGCUGACUCCACUAAAUGAAGAGUUGCUAAACACCAUCCUAAAGUUUGUGGAGGGAUUCAGCAGCAAAAGUCCUGAAGAAGCCAAGCUGGUUUUUAAGAAACCACUGUCAUGGGAAACAACAUUAUCUGCAACUCAGUUUGGUGGCAGUUCAUUGAAAGAAGUGGAGGGGUCACUGAUAUCAGAUGAGAAGAAGGAUGAUGUGCCAUUGUUUUCACUGCAAGGACAGACAAUAAGUAUCAUGACAUUGGAGAAUGCAGAGACAGUGCUACGCGCAGCAGGAGACAAGAAAAUCACUGAGCUGCGUCUAUGUUUGGAGGCCAACCGUGACCCUGUCAUCAACAUGCUUGGAGAGCGCUUUGGUACAGUUCAAGGGGAUGACAAUUCCAUUAUGCGAUACAUUGAAGAAAUACGGAAAGAAAUGGAUCAGUCAGCUCAGACAAGCCAGGGAGGGGAGACAAGCGAGCAACAGUUGCAGGAAAUAAGAGCAAAGAAGAUUGUGCUGAGCUUGCGUCUGAAAUUGUUCAAUCUUGACCAACAGCUGCUAAACCAGAGCAUUAAAAAAAUGUCCACGCAGCAGCGUCUGACACCAGGCAUGGUGGAUGCUGAGCUGACACUUCUGAGGGACUUAUCUGGACAUGAUGAUGAAAGACAUGUGCUGCAGCACAUUGACUAUUAUGGACAAACGUUUGUGUUCAAGAAUGGUUGUCGGGCACAGCCAUGGCGACAAGUACAUGGUGAUAUCUGCUACAUUGAAGCGAGGCCACAUGAUGUUGAUACAGUCUUGUAUAUCACAGCUCACACCAGUGGCUUUUAUCUUAAUAAGGGUCCAGAUCCAGAGAAACCAGGCCAGCUUAUCUUGGACCGUGCCGAUGAAGAUAUACACCGUGACCUUGUGACCUUGCUCAAGGCCAAGUCUUCUAAAUUCACAGAGCUGAUCAACAAGCAGGAGUUUGCCAUGUAUGAAGAGCAUAAGCAUGACCAUCGCUAUGAUAUUGGGACUGAUGAAGAAGAUGGGGAACCAACUGCACGCUCUGACCAACAGACCUGGAUGCAAAAGGAAAAAGGUCAAGAUGAGAAAGACAAGCAUGGCAAACAGCGACAGAAUGCCAAAAAGAAGCCAGAGCCAUCUCUAAAGUGGAAGGCGUUGGGCAUGGAGGAGUAUAAAGAAGAGCAGCAUGUGAGGCCAAAAGAUAAAGAGAAGAAAGCAAAGAACAAGGGCUCUCCUCACAACAUCUGCCAGCAUAAUGUUUCCUGCAAUGCAGCAGUAGCCUUCACGGGAAAGAAGAAAAAAACUGUUGCAAAGAAUCAAAGCAGUAACUGCAGUGCAAUGCAAAGGCGCAAGACAAAGACCCCACUGGAACCUGCGGACUCGUUCAGUGAGAGUUCUACAGAGAGUGAGGAAGAAGAAGAGGCUAUUGACCGACGAUCAGAAGCAAAUGCUGACCUCCCAUCUGAGUACUGGCAGAUACAGAAGCUGGUCAAGUAUCUGAAGGGUGGGAAUCAGACAGCUACCAUCAUCGCAUUGUGCUCUCUGAGAGAUUUCAACUUGACUCAGGAGACAUGCCAGUUAGCCAUCCGGGAUGUGGGUGGUCUGGAAGUGCUCAUUAACCUUCUGGACACAGAAGAAGUCAAAUGCAAGAUUGGAGCGCUGAAGAUUCUGAAGGAGAUUUCCCGCAAUACCCAGAUCCGUCGCUCCAUUGCAGAUCUUGGGGGGCUGCAGACCAUGGUGAAGAUUCUGCGUGAUCCCGACAAGGACUUAAAGUGCCUGGCAGCAGAGACUAUUGCCAAUGUUGCCAAAUUCCGUCGUGCACGUCGGACUGUCAGACAACAUGGUGGAAUAAAGCGGCUGGUAAGCCUCCUAGACUGUGUGGCUCUGACCAGCAGUCACAUGACGCCAGAAAUGGAGCAGGAUGUAGAGGUAGCACGGUGCGGUGCUCUUGCACUCUGGAGCUGCUCCAAAAGCAAGAAGAACAAGGAAGCUAUGCAGCGAGCCGGUGCUAUUCCCCUGCUAGCUCGCCUGCUGAAAUCACCACAUGAAAACAUGCUUAUCCCUGUUGUGGGAACACUGCAAGAAUGUGCUUCAGAGCCCAGCUAUCGCUUGGCCAUCCGUACAGAAGGCAUGAUAGAGGAUCUUGUGAAGAAUCUCAAGAGUCGUGAUCAUGACCAAGCCAGGAAACCUUCAGAUGAUGACAAGAAAGGAGAUGCCAAGAAGGGGACUGAUGCUAAAGGCGCCGGGGCCAAGAAAGAUGACAAAAAGGAAGCUCCCAAAGCCACAAAGCCAGAGUCAGUGGGUAAACCAAACCCUGAACUGCAAAUGCAUUGUGCAUCAGCCAUUUUCAAGUGUGCAGAAGAGAAAGAAACUCGUGACCUUGUGCGACAGUUUGGUGGCCUAGACCCCUUGGUUCACUUGCUAACAAACAUGGAGAACAAGGAGUUAUUAGCAGCUGCCACAGGUGCCAUAUGGAAGUGUGCCAUCAGUCCUGAGAAUGUGGCUAGGUUCCAAGAGCUCAAAGCCAUCGACCAACUAGUGGCUUUAUUAGCCAAUCAGCCUGAAGAGGUCCUGGUGAAUGUUGUGGGAGCACUUGGGGAGCUUGCCAAGGCUCCACCAAACCGAGCUCAAAUUCGCAAGUGUGGAGGAAUCCCAAACCUUGUCAACCUGUUGACAGGCACAAACCAGGCUUUGCUUGUCAACGUUACCAAAGCUGUUGGCCAGUGUGCUGCUGAGCCAGAAAACAUGGUCAUCAUAGAUAAACUGGAUGGUGUCAGACUGUUGUGGUCAUUGCUCAAGAACCAAAAUCCAGAGGUACAAGCAAGCGCAGCAUGGGCCAUCUGUCCAUGCAUUGAGAAUGCUAAGGAUGCAGGUGAAAUGGUUAGGUCCUUUGUUGGUGGCUUGGAACUGAUUGUGUCACUGCUGAAAUCUGAAGACAAGGAGGUAUUAGCAGCUGUCUGUGCUGCCAUCGCAAACAUUGCUAAAGAUGAAGAAAACCUGGCAGUCAUUACAGACCAUGGAGUAGUACCAAUGCUGGCAAGACUGACAUCAGCAACUGAUGAUAAGCUUAGGCAACACUUAGCAGAGGCGAUUUCCCGAUGCUGUAACUGGGGAAAUAAUAGAACGGCUUUUGGCAAGGAGGGUGCAGUUGCGCCUUUGGUGCGCUACCUGAAGUCAAAGGAUGAAGACGUUCAUCGCUCUACAGCUCGAGCCCUCUUCCAACUGUCAAAAAAUCCAGACAAUUGCAUCACGAUGCACGAAGCAGGAGUGGUACAGCCACUGUUGAAAAUGGUGGGGUCAGAAGAUGAAGAUGUGCAAGAAUCCUCUGCAGGGUGCAUUGGAAACAUUCGACGACUAGCACUGGCAAAUGAACGUGCAAAGUUUGCAUAACUUUUCCGCUAGUAAACUGCUAUGUAAGAAGCUUAAGCACUUGGAGGAAACUCAAUUUAAGCAAACAAAAAAGUGAAUGUGACAUGAACUUUUCUCAUAAAAUAUCAGAUAAGCUGUUUCAUGUAGCAACAAGUGCACAAAUUUGCAUGCAUGCUGUAAACGAACAGUCACUAAUCAAGCAAGAAUUGUUAAAAUUUUGUCACCAUAAAAAUUGAUUAUUUGAACUCAUUAUCAACUUUUGUUGAUACCUCACCUCUGGUUUCUGCCCAUUCAUGCCAUAGCACUUAUACCAUAAUACCCAAGUUGCAGCAUGUUAAAAAUGCACUUGUGCAUGUACGUUACAAAUAUGGGCAAUUUAUUUUGUUUAACCUUUGUGUGCAUCUGCAUUACUCUCUUGAAAAGUAUUAAAGCGAUAUGCCAUGUCA